AUGGGGGGUGCAUAUUCGUCGAUGUUUAGCGGUAUCUCUGCCCAAAAAAUGCAAGAGUUACAGAAUAUGUACUUCUUCACUUUCUUCACCAUACUUGGAAAAAUAGCAAAGGUUGAUGGUACUAUUUCAAAACAGGAGGGGGAUUUUCUUAUACAGCUUGUGCAUAAGCUACAGCUCACUGGAGAGCAUAAGGCCUCUGCAAUACAUUACUUUAAUAACGCAAAGAAUGAACCAAAAAGUGUGGAAGAGCUAGCAUCGCAGUUUCAUCUCCUUUUCGGUAGAACACCCCAGUUAGAACGGCAAAUGCUGUAUCAAAUAGUGGGUAUAGCAUCGGCUGAUGGUAUUAUCUCUGCACAAGAAGAACGGAUUAUUAAAUCUAUCGCUUCAAUUUUUUCGGUUUCUGAUGCUGAGCUUUCUCAUAUAAUCAAUUCAUUUGAGGCGAGCACCGAACAGUCGUACCACGUAUUGGGUCUUAGCAAGGAUGCGAGUAAUGAGGAGUUAAAAAAGUCGUAUAGAAAGCUUGCUAAGGAAUAUCACCCUGAUACUCUUAAGAGUCGUGGUUUACCAGAUUCGAUGAUAGAGUCUGCAGAAAAACGUUUUUACCAAAUACAACAGGCAUGGACAGCAAUAAAGAAAGAGCGUAGCAUAGCAUAG